AUGAACGGCAAUUGGACUAUAAAACAAACGGCCAAGGGUUCCGUCAGUAUCUUACCCGAACCCAUGUCCUCUCACUCGGAUCCUCUGCACUUCUUCCGCUCGCUUCCUCCAGCGCCAAACGCUGACGUGAAGAAGAUCAAAGGCAAUUUCUCAGAUACACACAAGCAGCUCUCUGCAAACGCCUUAGCAUACUUCGUCGACACGGGAAAUACAUGGGGCUCAGGCGUGGGCCAAAGGCUCAAUUUGGUGGAAAUCAAUCUUUCAAAACGUGAUGCAGGCACUCUAGAGGCACAAACCAUUUUGGAGAUCGAGGUUACUGAAGAAAUGUGUAAUGUCUUCGGGAUCAUGCACGGCGCGUGCGCUGCUUACCUAUUUGACCCGGCAACAUCAUCCGCGCUUGUAGCUCUGGGGCUGGAGCUAGGCAUAGACGGUUCAGGGGUUUCGCAGUCAAUGAACAUUAUAUGGCACAAACCGGCCUCGAGAGGCGCCAAGCUGAGACUAAUCUCAAAUAGCAUAGCUAUUCAAGGACGGAUACGCUCCGCUAGAUGCGAGAUAUGGGAUGCCGAAGGUCUCUGUUCUGCGAUCGCCUCCGUGCCAGGAAGCGCACCAGACCGUUCAAAGGAGGUAACUCUGAAACUUUUGGAAAUCUUUAAAGUUGGCGGCGUAGGCUUUGGUACCGGUAUCGCCGAUCGCCUCUUCGUAACCGAUGUGUCCAUAACUCAAAAUGCGGCGGAGUCUCUGAGGACUGACGCGAGGGUGGUGUGCGAGCUGGAGGUGACGGAAGAAAUGGCGAACAUCGCUGGGAAUAUGCACGGCGGUUGUUCGAUCUAUCUUGUGGACUCGUGCUCAACGCUGCCCCUGUCAGCAUGGCUUGCAGCGCAGCCUGACCGCAGGAACGACAGCGGCGUAUCGCAGUCAAUCAAUACGGUCUUUCAUGCGCCGGCGCCCGUAGGAACCAAGCUGAGGAUCAUCAGCACAUCAACCAUGACCGAGGGCGCAAUCUUCGCUUCACGGUGUCAGAUAUGGGAUAUCGCCAAACAUAGGUUAAUUGCAUCUGGGGUUCAUCUCAAGAUGAUUGCGUCUCAGCCAAAACCAAAACUCUGA